UCCCAAUAGAGGUCUCGAGUUAGGCUAGGCCAUACCAAACGUCAAAUAGUCUUACCUACCACGUUUUCAGGCUCUGGCUCUCUGCUCUACUCUUUUAUGUUCACUUGUAGCAGCAACUAACAACAAUAACAGCAGCAUUUCACCAAAAAAAAAAUAAAAAAUUAAUUAACAGCAGCAAGGAAAGAUCCAAAACAAAGACGAGAGGCUACAUAGAACACCCAUCUCUGAUAUUCAUUUUCUUGUUUUGUUCACCUGUCUGAAAACUCCCUUAUAAAGCUGAAUUCUUUUAGGGUAAGGUAAUCAGUAUCACUGACCCAAUGGAUUUAGAAUUCUUGCACACACUUGAUGUUCAGAUUCUUGGGGCUGUAGCUGUGGCUGUUGUGGCCAUUGUUAUUGGUGCUGUCUUUCUCUUCUCCUCCAAAAAGCCCAAAGGCUGCUUAGAUCCAGAAAAUUUCAAGCAGUUUAAACUUGUCAAGCGUGUUCAGUUGAGCCAUAAUGUGGCAAAGUUCACAUUUGCACUUCCUACACCUACUUCUGUUUUAGGCCUUCCUAUUGGACAGCAUAUAAGUUGCAAGGGUAAGGAUGGUCAAGGUGAAGAGGUUAUCAAACCUUACACCCCAACUACAUUGGAUUCUGAUGUUGGACAAUUCGAAUUAGUCAUUAAGAUGUAUCCACAAGGAAGGAUGUCCCAUCAUUUCAGAGAGAUGCAAGUCGGUCAUUAUCUUGCCGUCAAGGGACCCAAGGGCCGAUUUAGGUAUCAACCUGGCCAGGUUAGAGCAUUUGGGAUGCUUGCUGGAGGCUCUGGCAUUACUCCUAUGUUCCAAGUUGCUAGAGCCAUACUAGAGAACCCAAAUGACAAGACAAAGGUGCACCUCAUUUAUGCUAAUGUUACAUAUGAGGACAUUCUUUUGAAGGAAUUGGACACCCUUGCUGAGAGGUACUCUAGUCACUUUAACGUCUACUAUGUUUUGAAUCAGCCUCCCGAAACAUGGGAUGGUGGUGUUGGCUUUGUAUCAAAGGAAAUGAUUCAAACCUACUGCCCUGCUCCAGCACCUGAUAUCAAGAUUCUAAGGUGUGGACCACCACCUAUGAACAAGGCCAUGGCAGCUCACCUCGAAGCUCUUGGAUAUGCACCUGAGAUGCUGUUCCAGUUCUGAUCCUUGAAAACUUGUUGACCCUCUAUUUGGAUUGGUAUUCAUCACUCUCCUGGUUUCAAUAAAAAAGACUAUUGAGAAAAAACAAACUUUUGCUUUUGAAAUGAGAAAAAACUUCUAGUUGCUUUAA